AUGUAUGAGUUGGCAGAUGUGGUGGACGAAUGGACCAAAGAGUACGACUCAAGGACACGACUUAUGCACCCAUAUGCACCUUAUAUGGGAUGUGCCUAUAGGCACCCGGCGGGACCUGAUGGAAAGAGCCUUUGGUUCAAACUAGCCUGCGUCUACACGAAUGAUCGUCCCAGAACCGAUGUACCCCAGACGGGAAUGGCAUGCAACAAGAAAGAAGACUGCUUAUAUUUCGGACAUGAUUACGAUUGCCUCGCCAAUCUUUGUUUUGCUCCAACUCGCACUGCUAUUUAUAACUAG